GUCGGUGUCUGCAACCCGCGCAUGCGUAGACGGGGUGUACAUCGGCCGGCGCAAGGGACAGCGGUAAGCGGUGUGGAUACUGGUUUAAUCGAAACCUUACUACGUGACGAGCAUUGGUCUGGUGAGCAGAGCCUGCCCUCAACUUGAAUGAGUCAUGGCCCAAUAUGGGGGACAGAAGAAUCCGCCCUGGGCUACUCAGUUUGCUGCCACAGCGGUGUCCCAGCCGGGCCACUCCGGACAGUCUCUUGACCUCAACAGCCUGCACUCUCUGGGCGUGCAGCAGUCAUCUAUUCUGGGAGCAUCUCCCUCGGUGUACUCUCAGCAGUCGGCCUUAGCUGCAGCCUCUCUCAGCAACCAGUCUGCUGCAAACUAUCAGCUGUCUCAGCAAACUGCUGCCUUGCAGCAGCAAGCUGCAGCGGCAGCUGCUGCAGCAGCCCUGCAGCAGUCUCAGAUCAAUAGUGCUCUCCAGCAGUAUCAGCAGCAGCAGCAGCAGCAACAACAACAGCAACAACAACAGCAGCAGCAGCAGCAGCAGCAGCAGCCUCCCCAACCCCCUCAACAGCAACUGUACAAUGUACCUCAUCAGCUCCCACAGCCUCAACAGGCACUGCUUUCUCAGCCCCCCGUUGCCCUGCCCACCAGUUUGAGCAUGUCCAACCCUCAGCAGACAGCCCAGAUUACCGUGUCCUACCCAACACCGCGUUCAAGCCACCAACAGCAGACACAACCACAGAAGCAACGAGUCUUUACCGGUGUCGUCAACAAGCUACAUGACACAUUUGGCUUCGUAGAUGAAGAUGUCUUCUUUCAGCUAAGUGCUGUGAAGGGGAAGACCCCCCAGGUGGGUGACCGGGUCCUAGUGGAAGCUGUGUACAACCCCAAUAUGCCCUUCAAGUGGAACGCCCAGCGCAUCCAGACCUUACCUCAGCUAGGAAACCAGUCGCAUCAGCAGCAGCCUCAGCCUUUACCUCAAGCUUCCCCACAGCUCGGUGGCCUUUACAGUGAGCAAGGAAUGCAGCUGCGCUACUCGGACAUGCACCCCCCUGCGGACAACAGACAAAAUAGCCAACCUCAACCUCCUAACAUGAUGAAAGCAGCCCCCACCAUGAUGCAGUCACUACCUCCCCCAACCACAUUCAGUGUUCAGGCCCAGGCUCCCCCUCCUUCCCUCCUGCAGGCCCAGCUGUCCGCUGUCUCUCUGGCCCCUCUCCUCCAAAACCCUCCUCAGCCUCUGCUGCCACCGCCCAAAGAUUUGUUCCCUGGGGGUCUGCUUCAGCCCCCAGUGAGGAUGAUGCAGCAGCCACAGCCUGUCCGACGAAUUGAACCUCCUCCUCGCUUCCCCAAUCGCAAUGAUCGAGGCCCUGAGCUCAUCCUCAGGCCUAAAGAAGAGCGCAGGUGGGAUGGCAAUAGCCGAGACAGAGACCGCGAACGCAGGCGAUCAAGAGAACGGUCGCCAACACGCAAACGCUCCAGAGACCGCUCACCGAGACGUGACCGCUCACCGAGACGGCCUCGCAGGGUCGUUCCUCGUUAUACCGUCCAGUUCUCCAAGUUCAGUUUAGAUGGCUCAAGCUGUGACAUGAUGGAGCUGAGGCGGCGCUAUCAGAGCCUCUACAUUCCCAGCGACUUCUUUGACGCAGUCUUCACCUGGGUGGAUGCUUUUCCUCUGACGCGGCCCUUCCAGUUGAGUAACACCUGUAACUUCCACAUCUUGCACAAAGAGGUGGAUCCUUUUGUCAAGAACACGGCCGUGCUGGAUCCUCCCGAUGCCAACCACACCUACAGUGCCAAGGUGAUGCUGCUGGCUAACCCCAGCAUAGAGGAGCUCUACCACAAGUCCUGCGCUCUGGCAGAGGACCCCCAGGAAAUGAGAGACUCCUUCCAACAUCCCGCUAGGCUCAUUAAGUUUUUGGUGGGAAUGAGAGGUAAAGACGAGGCCAUGGCCAUUGGUGGUCACUGGUCUCCCUCUCUGGAUGGAGCUGACCCAGAGAAGGAUCCGUCAGUCCUCAUAAAGACAGCCAUACGCUGUUGCAAGGCACUCACAGGGAUAGACCUUAGUCUGUGCACUCAGUGGUAUCGUUUUGCAGAGAUUCGCUAUCAUCGGCCGGAGGAGACUCACAAGGGACGGACAGUCCCUUCUCAUGUGGAGACAGUGGUUUUGUUUCUUCCGGAUGUUUGGCAUUGUCUUCCUACCCGCUCAGAGUGGGAGGUGCUGUCACGGCGACUCCGGGAGCAGCUGGCUGAGAAGCUGUCGGCCGAACGAAAGGAGGCGGAUGGAGAACAGGAGGAAGAGGAGAAAGACAACGAUGAAUCGAAGGACGUUAGUAAUCCUACUCACUGGGCUAAACUUGACCCGAAAUCAAUGAAGGUGAAUGACCUGCGAAAGGAGCUCGAUUGUCGCUCUCUGAGUUCUAAGGGGUUAAAGUCGCAGCUGAUUGCUCGCCUCACAAAGCAGCUAAAGGUGGAGGAGCAGGUGGAGGAGUCCAAGGAGCCUGAGAAACCAGAGAUCAAGCCUGUUGAAGAGGAAGAGCCCCCUCGCACUGAGGAAGACAGAGAGGAGGAGGAAAAGAAGAAGCAGGAGGAGCUUGAACGCCAGCGGAGAGAAAGGCGCUACAUCCUCCCUGAUGAGCCCACCAUAAUCGUUCACCCCAACUGGUCAGCCAAGAAUGGUAAAUUCGACUGCAGCGUCAUGUCUUUGAGUGUGCUUCUGGACUACAGACUGGAGGACAACAAGGAGCACUCUUUUGAGGUCUCCCUGUUUGCUGAGCUGUUUAACGAGAUGCUACAAAGAGACUUUGGCUACCGCAUAUAUAAAACUCUCGCCUCUAUUCCUGCAAAGGACGAGAAGAAAGAAAAAGAUAAGAAAGCCAAAAAGGAGGUGGAGAAGAAGGAGGCUGAUAAGCGUGAAAUAAAGAAGGAAAAAGAAGAGGAGACUGAAGAACCAGCAGUGAAGAAGGUCAAAGAGGAUGAGGAGGAUAAGAAGAAGUUAGAAGAAAAAUCUAUGAAAAAAGAGGAAUCUCGAGACGAAGAGGAGAACGAAGAUGCCGGCAGCACGGCCAAUGCCGAAGAGUACGACCCCAUGGAGGCUGAAGAUGCAGAGGAUGACGAUGACGAUGACAAAGAUGAUGACGACUCUAAUGACAGAGACAGGAAAGACCGUAAAGAUGACCGCAAGUCAUCAAAGGAGAGAUCCUCCAAAGACAAGGAAAAGAAGCAGAUGGUCACGUACAACAAGGAGCUGCUCAUGGCCUUCGUCUACUUUGAUCAAAGCCAUUGUGGCUAUUUGCUGGAGAGGGACCUGGAGGAGAUCUUGUACACACUGGGACUCCACCUGUCUCGUGCUCAGAUAAAGAAGCUGUUGAACAAACCGGUGGUCAGAGAGUCGUGUUACUAUCGUAAACUAACAGACCGGGGAAAGGAUGAACCCAUCCCCUCCUUCAAUGAAGCCCUGAUAGAAAACCUCUUAGGUAACCGAGCAGCACUUCCUGCUCCAAAAGCUCGCACUCAGUCAGAGGCCAGUGAGUCUGGUAACCUGAUCGUAUAUAACGGAGCCAUGGUCGACGUCGGCAGCAUGAUGCAGAAACUGGAGAAGAGCGAGAAGUCGAGAGAGGAGAUAGAGCAGAAACUCAUGGUGCAGGAUGCCAAAAUGGAUGAAGACGCAAAGGCGAAGGCCCAGUUGGAGCAAGCCAACAAAUCCUUAUCCAGGGAGCUGGAGGAGGUGAAGAGCUCUCUGAGCCAAACGGAGCAGACUCUGAAGGCUGCGGAGGAGCAGAAGACCGUCUACCACGACCACAUCAACAAGACGUGCAACACAUUGAUGUCCACCGUCAAAGGAAUGCUGACAGUGAUGAAAAAGGAUCCGGACGCAGACUGGUCUGGCGAGGAAGUCACUGGUGACCACAUCCGGGCGUCUCAAACCAACGGCGCUGAUGAAUAACUCGCACAUUUAAAUUAAACGAAGCAAAUCUGUAACACUGUUCAUCUUUAAAAAAUUGUAAAUAUCCACAAAACAUGCAUAAUUUGUUUAUCUGGACCUAUUAUCUCCCCCACUACAUAUAUAAAUUAAUAAAUGAAUUAGUUCCCAUGUGUUAAUUUGACCGUGUAUUAUAGAUUUGUUUGUGAGGAGCUGCUUUUCUUACCUUGAUUCAUUUCAACAACGUCAAAGCUUUGAAAGGCUUAUUUUCAUAGUUUAAACUAAGUCAAAGUUCAGCUGCUUUCUGUUUUGCCUUUGCUUUGUUAUGGCCAAUUAAAAUGCCACAUUGUAGAUUUAAAUGCCAGUAUGUGUGAGUUGUACUUUUCAGAGGUUUUUUUUCUUCUUUCUAAUGAGCAAUAAUUAAGCUAUUUAUGUGAGAGAAUUCAUUAAAAACAUCUAUUUAAAAGAAAGUAAUUUUGAAUGGAAAAGGGCAAAAAAUGCAGUUCUUCUACUUGGCUGGUCUGGCUGGUUUCUGCUUUUUUUUGUUUGUGUGCUUAAACACAUGGCUAUGCAUGGAACCCGUCUCUCACGGACAGUUUUGCUGUCAGCACCUUCCUGGCUGUAUCCAUCGACUGCGACGCCGCCACUUUACAAGUGCUUCUGGUUUCACUGUGACAAGCAUCUGACUUGGUUUCUGAAAAAGGAAACUACACGCGAGCCCCAAAAAAAAAAGCAAAGCCCAAUGAAUGUGCAUUCUGCUGCAGAGACGUGGAACAUUUUGAAAUCCAUCUCUGAAUUGUGUGUUGGUUUGGGUUGUCCUGGAGAAGAGCCACACUUAUAUUCAAAUGUGCUCCAGAGCAGUCAAUUUUAUUUUUCUAUUGAAAAUAUACACUGUGGAUGGAUGGGUGUCUUGUGUAAGAGUAAAGUGGUCCAUUUUAACACUA